AUGGAAAAAUUACUACAUUGGUCUAUUGCUAACGCACAAGGGGAUAAGGAAGCCAUUGCUAAGGCUGGCCAACCAGACCCAAGGUUGCUACAGCAGUUAUUCGGUGGUGCAGGGAGCAGUGGCCCAGAUGAUCCUACAUUAAUGAAAGAGCAAAUGGAAGUUAUAAUGAACCCCGAUGUUGAGCUCGAUAUCAAACUUGUUGCCAUUGAUAAUUUUGAAAUGUUAAUCGAAAACUUAGACAAUGCUAAUAAUAUUGAGAAUUUAAAACUUUGGGACCCAAUUUUGAAAAUUUUAGAAUUUGAAGAGGACGAACUGGUUUCCCAGGCAUUAUCUAUCAUAGGAACAUCUGUUCAAAACAAUACAAAUUCUCAGGAUAAAUUUUUGAAGCAUGAAAAUGGAUUGAAUAAAGUUAUCCAACUGGCUAAUGAUAAAAGCCAAAGUUUUGAAGUUAGAACUAAGGCGCUUUAUGCCUUAUCAAAUUUAGUGAGAAAUCACGAACAUAUGGCAACUAAAUUCAGAGAACUGAAUGGUUUGGAUAUUAUACCUCCAAUACUAAAUGACCCAAAGGCUAAGACAAAAUUGAAAAUGAGAGCAAUCGCAUUACUUACAGCGUUCUUGACUUCCACUGAGAUUAGUGAAAGCUUAAUAUCUGAUAUGAGAAAAGAUGGAACGAUUGAAGCAACGAUAGAUUGUCUAAAUUCCGAAACUGAUUUGAAUUUGAUAGAUAGAGUUUUGAAUUUAUUAGCCCAAUUAAUUUCUGCAGGUAUUAAAUUUAACCAAGUAGAAAUGGAGAAAUUAAAAACAGGCUUCCAGAAGGUGGAGCCUUUGAAGGAUAGACUAAACGAAGAUGAUUACUUAACGGUUAAGUAUGUAUUGUGA